GCUCUCUUGUGCCGUUCUGAGUCACCGGCAUAUUGGAGGAAGUCUCCGGCAGAUUGGAGGAACUCUGGAAGUGCAUACUUAUAAUCAAAAAGUCAAUGGCAUUGCCUUCACAGCCAUUAAACCACUUUACUUCUCAGAUCUCUGUCUCUAGGUCAAUUAUAUCCCACCAUUUUACUGAACAAAACUUAUCUGACCAUUAGUUGUUAUUAAUCUUGAUCAAAUAUGUAUUCUUAACUUUCCUAGCAUCGGCCAAAUGUCAAGAAAUUCCCAUACCUACUCGUGUUCUAUCUGCAUUAACUAUCCAAUUCCAAUCUAUAAAACUUGUAGGUCAGUUAGUUCCGUCUCUCAUACUCGAAUGAAAAAUUGAGACAUGGAAUGCAAUGAAGAUGAUGAACUCCAUGUAGCCCCUUAUGCUUCCUUAACACAGUGCUUUCACUAUCCUUCUCCAACCCAGAAACCUAUCCCGACCUCAACAAUGGAAACUGGUGAAGGCCAUAAUUUGACCCAUCUGGACCAACCUCAUAGUUUACACCACUUUCCAUUUUUCUGCUCCCAAUUGCACCUUCCAAGCAACAACCACGACCCAAUUAAAAUCCCACUCCAUAAACCCUCUCCCAACACAUCAUCAAACAGUAACAACAAUAACAAUUCUGAUGAAGCAAAGGCUCUCCUUGAUGACAGAAAGAAGAAAAGGAUGUUCUCCAACAGAGAAUCUGCUCGCAGGUCUCGCAUGCGAAAGAAACAACAGAUUGAAGUCCUGCAGUAUCACGUGGAUCAUCUGCAGACACUAAACCAUCAACUCUCCCAAAAGAUCAUUUACUUGCUUGAAUGUAACCAACAAAUCCACCAACAGAAUUCUCAGCUAAAAGAAAAAGUUUCCUCUCUUCAGGUAGUACUCUCUGACUUGUUGGUUCCUGCAGCCGGUGCAGAACAACCUCACCACAUCCCUAAUGGCUUCCUAGCCGAGCCUUCUUCAACUAGACCAAUUUCAAGUUCCCGAACAUAGCCAUAUGUGCUGUAAGAAUAGUUAUGGGCACUUGAGUGUGAAUCUGACGCAGACCUUUUGGCCUGAAGUUCUGGUUGGUUUCGGUGAUGCAGUCACAUAGAAAGCUAGCUCAGGUAAAUAUUAUAAGACAUAGUUUGUUACUACUUCCCAGCUGGUUAAUGCAGCAUCCGAAGUGGCAAAUGUUGCUUAAUAUGACAAUUUUAUAAUAUUGGUGAUCAAAUGCUAUGUAUGUCCUGUAAAUGUUGAUUCGAUACUCUACCAUGGGAUUAACAUUAUAUAAUAUACUGAAUAUCUGUUGAAUUAACCAUCAUGAUUCACUUCUCCUGUACAAACUUUGCUUCU